ACGUCGGCGACCACUGUACGGCUUUCUUGUUCAUUGGUAUUCGGUUCAUGAACAAAUGUGCCUUCAAUUCCCUUGUCUCGCAUGCCUUCGGACUGUUGCCUGGUAUGAUUUUGUGUGGUGUGGUGGAUCAUCAUUUGUUCAAUGAGGAAAAGGACCGAUGUCUUGGACGAAUUGGAACCUUGCUAAUCUCCACGCAAUCAUGGGUGGAUAUUUGGGAAUGCACAAAAGGCAAAAAGUUAAAAAAAAAAGACAGUCAACAUCCUGAUUCCUGAUGACUCAAUCAUCGGUUCAUCACCAUUUUACCGCGGGCGGUGCUAAACAACUGCAGCGCUCAUCCAUCUACCAGAGCUCCACGUCACGCGUCUCCCUCCUUUAUAUACCACAUCUCCCUCUCAAGCGCCACUCCACCCUUGAGCCGUAACAGUGCCCUGCCUUCGUUCCACUCAACAGCACGAGCGCCGCUUUAAACGCGAAGCGAAUUGCGCGCUCACUGUGGAGGAGAAGGGAGAGCACAGGAGGGAGCAGAAGCGCGCGGCGAGGAGAGGCCACGACCACAGGGAGCGUCACGAUGGCAUGCAUCAACAUGUACAACCCGGACGGCGGCGCGGCGUUCGGGGGCGGCCAGCCGCCGGCGCUAGGGCCGCGCAUCUCCUUCUCCAGCGACUUCGUCGUCGAGCCGCCGCCGGUGCAGAACCGGGCGAUGAACCUGAGGUGCCAGGAGGAGGACGUCAACUUCGAGUUCUCGGUGGGCAGCCACCCCAUGAUGGCCGCCGACCAGCUCUUCUCCAAGGGCAGGAUCCUUCCGCUCAAGGAAGGCGGCUUCACCGCCGGCCGGCCACCCACGACUCUCCGCGACGAGCUCCGCGGCGGUGGCGGGGGCGACGACAGGGCGUCGGGCAAGGGAUCCAGCCGGUGGAAGGAGAUGCUCGGCCUGCGGAAGCCUCUCUGCGUCGGCGGAGUCCAUGGCGCCGCCAAGAAGAGCACCGCCGUCGUCGACGCCGAGAUGGCCACCGACGUGUCCGAGUCCAAGCAGGAGCUAUGAGAUGACAUAUAUGGGACUCAAAGCCAAACACACAUGGAGCUCUCCUCUCUUUGUCUCAUAUCGUGACCACCCUCUUGCAUUGUACUUGUCUCAAAACCUAGUUUUGUAGAUUAUUGUGCUGGGUUUCUUGUGUGCUAGAUGACCACUGUGUGCUGAAGAGCAAACAAUUGUGUUUUUUUUCUUGCAUAAGUGCUCUCUCUCUAUCUCUCUCUCUCUAGCUAGCUGUCCACUAGAUCCAUAUCAGUAUUUGCUUCCCUUCUUUCUUCACUUUUUCCCAUCCACCCUGUACAAAAUGCAGAGCUUGUGUAGAUCGAAAUUUUUAUGGUGCAAUCAUUAGUCUGGCAGAUGGCCAGAUCUGUGAAGAGAGGAUAGCCUCUGGUGAUGGAGCCUUUCUGGCUUGUGGGGAUCAA